AUGUCGCGCGUCUCCAUUGGUCAUCUUCCCGUUCGUUGUGGUGAACGCGAUAUCGAUCGUUUCAUGAAGGGCUAUGGACGAGUGCGAGAUUUUGUCUUAAAAAAUGGAUAUGAUUUCGUUGAAUUUGUUAACGGAAAGGAUGUGGAUGAUGCUGUGUGUGAUUUGCAUGGACCUCCGUGGAGAAUGCAUCACCCCCGUUUGGCGUCAGGAUCGAGGGGUGGAAGCCACCUCUAG